GAUGAAUUCGAUUGCCAGAUUCACCACUUAGGUUGGCAAGACCUAAGAUACAGAGAUAAAUCGAGAGAAUUCCCUCUCAAGAAACUCACUCAACGGAGGAGAAUUAUAAAAGGAGAGAGAUGAGAGAGAGAGGCAGAAAGAGAGUGAGAAGCUGGGAAGGCAGGCGGACACAGGUACGGUAGACGGCACAGAGCAGAGAGUUUUCUGAUGCAGCAGAGCAGAGAAGAGGCUGGGAGGGUAGAAGACAAUAGGAACCACAGGGGGUAUGAUCGAGGGACGUACAAACAAGCAGUUCCUUUCUUCUUCACAAAUUUCCCGGAUGACUGGAGCUAUGGAGAUAUGUGGAGAACUUUCCAUCAUUUUGGGAGAGUGUUUGAUAUCUACAGCCCUAUGUGUAGAAGUAGGAAUGGAAGCAGAUUUGGUUUUGUAAGAUACCUUGAGAAAAAGGAGACUGCAGUGGAGAGGAGGGAAACAGAUCAGGUGCAACAUCGCAGAAGUUAUGCCGAUGUGGUUAAGGGGAGUAAGAAGGAUGACGGGAAAGCAAAGGCUAAAGAAGAAAAUAGAAACUGGGUAGGAUUAGAGCUUAAAGCAAGCAAGGAAGAUGAAGAAUGGUUAGGAAGCUGUAUGGUGGGGAUAGUUUACUUAGUGGAGAUGGUACCAUUCCUGCAAGAAAAAUUUUACAUGGAAGGUUAUUUUACAUGUAAAAUUCGUCCAAUGGGAGGCAAAUUGGUUUUGCUUGAAGGAGGAGACAAGGAUAAAUUGAAAGAUCUGGUAGAACUUGCAGCGGAUUGGUUAGGACAGUGGUUUGAGGAAAUUGGACCAUGGUCACCAUCUAUGGUGGCAAGGGAGAGGUUCACCUGGAUAAAGUGCCAAGGCAUGCCUUUAAAUGCGUGGAAUCAUGAUAAUUUCAUGACGGUAGCUUGUCUCUUUGGCAAGUUCAUCUCCUUAGAUGAUAGUACAAGUAAAAAAAGGAGAUUCGAUGUGGCAAGAUUGCUUAUUUCCACACCAUUAAUGGAGUUUAUAUCCAAAACAGUCACCAUUAAAAUCAAGGGCAUUCUGUACAAGAUCAGAAUCAUGGAGGAAGAGUCUACAAAUAGUUUAUUCAGAUUAAAAUCUGAUUGUGCCUUUAGUGAAAAGGAUGACUCAAAGGAAAAUGAGUCUUGGUCACUAGGUAGUGACUCGGAUUAUAAGCAAGAGAUGGGAUGCCAAGGUGAUGAUGGUAGAUACCAAGAUUGGCUAGAGAUGGAAGAAGGUAGGAAGAUUGAAGAUGAUGAUGUGGCAAGUUUCCAUUGGAGGGAAGAGGAAGUUUCAGUGAAUCAACAAGUAAGCGGGGAAGAGAGAAGUUUAAAUUUGAAUGUAGACACAAAAAGAGCUGACAAGGUAAAGGCUAAUAACUCUCGAGAUAUGCAAUCAAAUGAUGUACCUAUAGAGAGGGUGUCAGAAAGUUUAAAGAUGGUGAAAGACUUAGACAAAAUAGGUGGCAGAGUAAAUGAAACAGAUGGGACUGAUGAAGAGGAAGAAAGGGCUAGUGGCAGGGAAGAUAAUGGGCUAACAAUGAAAGGGAGUAAUGGGCCAAAAAAGGAUGAGCAAGUUGGGCUUGGGAGACAGAAUACACGCAACAAAAACGAAAGUGAAAAGGACAGCCUCAUAAAAGACCAGACAAUGGGGGAUUUAGGGGUAGGAACCAGCAUGGGCCAAGCUGGUAAUCAUGCCACAGAAAAUGUAGAGCCUUACAAGAAGAAUGGAAAGGAGCUUGCCAAAAUCAAUCGAAAAGUGAGAACAGGAAAUGCAACGGAUGACAUAGAAAAUUCAGGAAAAGGUUUUUGGGAAGAUAUGGACAGUGAUUCAGGAUGGUCUACAUUACGUGAGGAGACAACCAGAAAAAAGAGAACAAAGAGUAGUCGGAGCAACCAGAUCGAACUAGCAAAGGAAACCCCAAUAUUUCUUCAGGGGUCUCAGAGCAGAAUAGCGGGAGGAUCGAUUUCAGACAGUGACAUCAUUAAUAGGAAUCCCAAUCCCAUAGCUCAACAAAAAAAGAAAGGAGCAAUAAAGAUCUGGGAGUUCGCAAAGAAAAUAGGGAUGGUGGCUGAUGAGAAGGAGGAGGAGGUAAUUCAAAGAAUUGAACGAAUGGAGAAUAGAGAUCAGAAUGCCAAAGAUCAACAAGGGGAGCAAGGAAGUGCAAAAGGAGAUUUCAAUGCAGUGCAAUCGAGGAAGGAGAAAAUAGGAAGCAGUGUAAAUGCUAGAGAAAUGAGAGAUUUCAAGAAAUUCAUCAGUGAUUCUAGUUUGGUUGAUCUACCUCUUAAUGGAAGAAAACCGGGAUUUAAGGAGUUGGUAGAGGAGACAUGGAAGUCUGCAGAGGUUCAAGGUUGGAAGGGUUUCUGCUUAAAGGAAAAAUUGAAAAAGCUCAAAGGGGCAUUAAGAAACUGGAGUAGGGGGUAUGAGCAUGAGGUGGACAAAAACAUUGUUAAUGCUGAAGAUCAAAUUGCAAGAUUAGAUCUUAGAGGGGAGGGCCAACAGCUUACAGAGGAAGAGAUAGCAAAAAGAAGAGAGACCUUUGUUGAUUUGUGGAGGAAUAUGAGGAUUAAGAACAUAAUGUGCCACCAAAAAGCGAGGAGAUCAUGGUUAAGGGAGGGUGAUGCAAACACUGCAUAGUACCAUAAAUGUAUCAAGAGCAGAUGGAGAAGGAAUGAAAUAUGCAGUAUCUU